CCAGUAUGCGAGUAUUCGAGUAGACAUACAUGUACACUGGUGGUCCGGCACGGGUAUUCGGCCACGUAUAGGCCUGGCCUCCAGCAUGUAAGUGCUAGUACGUGAAUACCCUGGCCACGCACGUACAUGCAAGUACGUGCACAUGCAUGCACUAAGGGCAUGCACGAAGGGGCGUAUGUGUAGCUCCAUCACCCAAUAGGGACACACACGUGAGGGAGUCGUGUACUUAGGAAACACAUUCAUAUCUAAGAAUAAAUUUUCUUGUUAAGUGACGUGAAAAAGUACGAAACAAAUGACCCCCGUCGAGUCGAGCUUGACUGUGGAGCAAGUCAAACUUAACUCGACGAAUAAAUCUUGUUUGCCAAGGAACCGGACGCAACUCGUGCAGCUGCCGCCCGCCAUCAUAUUUAUUUAUUUUUGGCGCCUUGCAUGAAAGCAAGCCAUGGAGAAGGUUAUUUCCUUCGCGUACCAUUAGAGCGCAAACCAUGGAGGAAGCCCACGUGGACAACAGAAACCAAGAUGAUUACGGGAGGAGUCCCACGUCGAUCACGGCUAAAUCCAAUUAUAUUUUUUAUUCUUCUCACGUUGUUUGUUGACCAGCAUGAUCCAAUUAUAUUUUUGUUUCAUCAUCCAACUAUUUUGUUUGUUGCACGGCUAAAUCAACAAGAUAUGUGAGUCAGUGCUAGUAUAGAUAGGUUAUUUUUAUUGUUCUCCCGUCGUUACGUAUUUUCUGAUGCAAAUACAACAUUAAUGAAUUAUGCAUUAGUUGUUGAUGAACUUCAAAUAGGAAAAAUUGAUAUACUCUUAUUUUGAGCUGAUCAAUUUGUCAUCGUGCAAAUUUAUGCCCCACGCUAAUAAGACAACUAAAGCAACUUCUAACACAUUACCAUAUGAAAUUAAUUGAUUAUAUAAUUUAUGUUACUUUUGCUAGUGAAAGUAAUUGAUCAUAUGUAUGUAAAUUAAAUUUGCAUGAUUUUUCUAGUGUUUUUUUCAUUACUGUUAGCUACUGUGAGAAGUCUUAUAUUUUUUUAACAGAAUGGACGAACUCAAUGGAGAAAUUGUGUGCGCCGUUGAAAAAAUGGUGCAAACUUACUGCCGCUCUAUCUGGCGCUCAACGCGCUAGACUCACCGAAACAACAUUGUAUGCCAUGCUUCAGAUACCACCACUUAAAAUGCGUACACUAUUGAUAAGUUACAUGGUUGAGAUUUUUUAGCACAGGACGGGAAGUUUUAUGGUACAAGACCUUGUUGUGGAGGUGUCUCUCGGUGCCGUGGAUGUCAAGUGCAUCUUCAACUUGAAGAACCAAGGACUGUCGGUUGCAGACAUUCUCAUUAAAGAAGGUGAGGGUAUUAAAGACCGGGUGCCGCCUCAUUUUUUGAGUAAGACAACAGGUAAUAUUGUGAUCGAUGCUUUCAUUGCGGACAUUAUUAAAAAUAAAUCCACCUCUGACGAUUUACUUCCGAAAUUAGUCCUUGCCCUGCUAGGAACAGUUCUUGCUCCCAUGUCGAUCCACUUCAAAUUCUUGGAAGGAAUUUAUUGCUCUUCCUUUUUUAGAGAACAAUAAGUUACAAAUUUUAUUUUGGAAACAAGAAAUCAGUUUUCAAUUUUAUUUGUCCUUUCCAAUAGAUUUCAAAUGAGCUUUUCCUUGGUCUGGUCAUACAAGGCAUUAAGCACACAUGACAUUGCUUAUACAGAAGCUGACUGAAAUAAUUUGUUAACAACUACUAACGACUGAUGAUCAACAAGUAAACAAAUCCCACAACAAUUAUUGAAAAAUAAAAUCCCGCGGCCAUCAGAUUUGCGUGCUUCUUCAGAUCGAUCAACUGCCUUAAGUUCUUGUUGAUCUUCUUCAAUUCCACCUUCAGUUCCGCAUCCGCCACCAUCGGAGGAACAUUGGCAUAGCCCUUAUUAUCCACCGCCGAUGGCAGAUCUACCUCUAGGGUUGCCCCGUGCCUCAAAUCAAUGACGGCUACUUUAAGAAGCGAUGCUUACGACAAAGGAGGUCUUCAUAACGGGCUGGCUGUCAUGGAAAUUUGUGCUCCUGAACGACCGUCUGAGAAUUCUAAUAAUUUUCCAAGAAAAAAUGAUGAACAUGUGCAUCAACAUGAUUCGUAUCGAGCACCAUCACAAGGACAGCAAUUUAGUAGCCAGCAAAUUGACAUGGUAGUUGAAGCCAUGAAUGCACGCUUAGCUGAUCAUGAAAAGAAGGUAGGCAGGAAGUUAAUGGAAAUUGAGCACAGAUUUGAUGUCAAGUACCAGACACUAGGUGAAGACUUGAUCGACAUGAAGACUAAAACUGGCACUAAUCCUAGGUUGUCGAAGGCCGAGGACGAAAUUAAAGACUUAAGGAGGGAACUACAUGAAUUAAAAUACGAAUUUACAAGCAACCGACAGUCAGUGUCACAGAAAGGAGGCGUGCAGGAUCAAGUCAAUGUGUGCAAUUCAUCCCUGACAGAACUCCUAGGGCUAGCCAAUUCACGGCAGGGACUUCGACUACACCAAGUGCAAGACAUGUGACGGAAAACAAUGAGAAUCCACAAUUAACUCCGAUGAAGCCUGUCUUUGGUAAUGAUUACAAGUUCACAGAUGAGGACAUAGAGACAGCCGUUUACAUCCGCGGAACAUACGAUCCUGUUGAAAUAGCUAGAAUCGGGGACAUUACCCUCACAGCAGAAAAACUGAAGCGAAAUUUGGACAAGAAAUACAUUUAUGGUGAUGUAAGCCCAUUAUACUCUAGUCUA